UCAUUCAGCACUUGGUCAGAAGCGCGCCAGUAUCUUCUGUUCACGAGUAACGGAAGCGGUCUAGCUCAAUUUUUUUUAUCAUUCCUUUUGGCUUCUCAACCUCGGGGAGUCCUCUGUAUCUAGUUUAGCAGCUUCGAAUUGCGCCUAUUGCCUUUCCGCCAUGAAACUCGUGCGAUUUCUUAUGAAACUUAGUCAUGAAACUGUCACCAUUGAACUGAAAAAUGGGACUCAGGUACAUGGAACCAUUACAGGAGUGGAUGUCAGUAUGAAUACCCAUCUUAAAGCUGUAAAGAUGACUUUGAAGAACAGAGAACCUGUCCAGUUGGAGACAUUGAGCAUUCGAGGCAAUAAUAUCAGAUAUUUUAUUCUGCCAGACAGUUUGCCUCUUGAUACUUUGCUGGUGGAUGUUGAACCAAAAGUCAAAUCCAAAAAAAGGGAGGCAGUUGCAGGUAGAGGACGUGGAAGAGGACGAGGACGAGGAAGAGGACGUGGAAGAGGAAGAGGGGGUCCAAGACGAUAACUUCUUUAUAUCUGUUAUUAAAAAAAGCCCCAAACAACCGGUAUUUUUUACAGGUUUUGUUUUAUGUCAGUUUUAAUAAACAAAUGUGGAAAAUGUGUCACUUAAAUUCAGAUUCUACAUUCAUAUAUUACAUGAAACCCCUGAUUACACUUGUAUUAUCUUUAACUUUGACAGCCAAAAUUUAAAUAAAAAAGUUUAAUUCUGAAUUCCAGAAUUGUGAAAUUUGCAGUCUAUCUUAUGUCAUCUGCUGAAACCUGAAGCAUUUGUGAAUAUUUCAGUUUAUGGGAGAAAAUUAAACAGUCCUCAUUUAGCAGCCACAUUUGGGACCAGCAGUUCUGUUAUUAAGAAGUCUCUAAGAUGCUUUUCUUUUUCUCACUCCUACCCUUUGAAAUUCUCACCAUGACACUGGGAUAAUUAGCAAAAAGAGAAUUUACAUUUGUAUUUACAUUUGUUGGAAAGAAAGGGCUUACAAGAGAGUAAUCAAGCACACUGGGAAAUGCACCAGAUUUGCAUUAGACAUUCUUAGCUACAGCAUUGACAAAACAUUGCUUUUAAUAUGUAUUGUGAGCUUACUUACUCUUGUAAUCCCUUUCCAAUCUCUCCACUCUACAAAGUGCCAGGGUGAGGGGGAGAGAAAAAUUAACAGGUCAUGUACAGUACAAUCUGUGGACUAAUGGCACUUGUGUCUGAGAGAAUGCUGUGGAAACUAAAUUUUGGCAUUGCUUGUAAAGUUUUCUUCCAGCACCAUUGUAAUUUCAAAUGGUUUCUGAACAAGAUAAUUUGUAAGCAAGGAUAAUCGUAUUUUGAAAUUACUUUGAAGAGUGGCAUAGGGAAACAAAAACAUUUGACUGUAGU